UGAGUAACUUCGUUUGCUUUGAAGCUCUGAUCUUUGCAUAUUUCUGCAAAUAGGUUUUCUUUCUUUCUCGUGUUUGAUUAGCUUUUCAUCAUAAAUUUUCCCACUUAAUCAUUUCUCACCUUUAUGCCACUUUCAAAAGAAAAAAUCAUUUCUAGCAUAAGUAAAAGCGUUUUUAGGCUGGCCCAGAUCUUUAUAUGCUCUACUGCUUUUCUUGAUCUCUCUCUAUUCUCUUUGUACGGAGUAAAAUGAAUACCAUAUAUUAUUCUCUUACAUUAACUCCGUGGUGGAACCUGUUUUUUGUCCAUUCAUAUAGUGGAUGAUUUUGUGCUUGAUUGUUUGAUUCUUUUUUGUCUUUUUGGCCUUUUCUAUUGUUGUGCCACCCUUUAGCCAAAUCUAUGUCUCUGAGAUUUAGCACAAGUGAAAUUUGAGGCUUGUUUUUGAGUUUCAUCAUCAAAUGAAGAUGGGAAAUUUGCGGGCUUCUUUCUUCUUCUUCUUGACUUCCACAACCAUCCUUGCUUUGUACACUCCAAUCUCAACUGCCCAAUUGACACAAGGUGAAACCAGAAUUCUCUUCCAACUCCAGAAGCUUCUAGAAUACCCUCAAGCCCUUAAUGGAUGGACAAACUGGACCAACUUUUGUUUUCUCCCUCACUCUUCUUCCCUCAAGAUUACUUGCCAAAACAAUCACAUCAUAGAAUUAUCCAUUGUGGGAAACAAAACUUCACCUUCUCACACUCCAAAACCAGCUUCAGGCAAAUUUUCUCCUAAUUCUCAGCAAGCUCUGUCCAAAACCUUCUCCUCUGACUCUUUCUUCACAGUUUUGACAAAGCUUUCAAACUUGAGAGUUGUGUCACUUGUGUCACUAGGCUUGUGGGGCCCUCUACCAGCAAAGAUCAACAGGCUGAAAUCUCUUGAAGUUCUAAACAUCAGCUCAAACUUCCUCUAUGGAGAAAUUCCCUCCUCAGUUUCUUCAAUGAAGACACUAAAAAGCCUUAUCUUGGCUGAUAACUUGUUCAAUGGGAGUGUCCCAGAUCUUAAAAGCUUGACGUUUCUUCAAGAGCUCAACUUGGGAUACAACCGCCUCGGACCCGAAUUCCCUUCCAUGGGAAACAGCCUUGUGAGUGUCAUAUUGAGGAACAACUCUCUGAGAUCUGAGAUCCCUUUAAAGAUCACAACUUUUGACCAGCUUCAGCUGCUUGAUAUCUCUGCCAACCACUUUGGGGGGCCCAUUCCGUCUUCCUUGUUCUCAAUGCCUUCAAUUCAGUUCCUCAAUUUGGCUGGAAACCAAUUGAGUGGAGGCCUUUCCGUGAACAUUACUUGCAAUGCUGAGCUCAAGUUUGUGGAUGUUUCAAACAAUCUCUUGAUUGGAAAACUGCCAUCCUGCAUCGGGUCAAGGUCGGGUAAUCGGACGGUUCUCUAUUCAUGGAACUGUUUGUCAACUUCAUACAUAAGAUAUCAACACCCCUAUUCGUUUUGUCACAAAGAAGCACUUGCUGUUAAGCCACCAAGCAGAAGCAAAAAGGAGGAAUCGAGCACCAAAUUAGGCUUAAUACUUGGUAUUAUAGGAGCUAUUGUGGGGAUUAUUGUAGUUGUGGGAUUGCUGGUUUUGAUAAUCAUCCGAAGAACAAAUAUAAGAACUGAAAAGAACAUUUAUGACAGAUCUGCUGCUGAUAAAAUGUCCCUGCGUAGCUCCCCAAGACCGAACAUCGAAACAAGGCGUGUGCCUCAGACAAUGAGGUUAACAUCAAUUGGGUUAGCACCGUACCGCAUUUUCACGUUGGAGGAAAUUGAGGAUGCAACGAAUAAUUUCGACCCUUCGAACUCGAUGGGGGAAGGGUCUCAGGAAAAGGUCUACAAAGGUUGGCUUAUAGAUGGUUCUGUUGUUCUAGUGAAAUGCUUAAAACUAAAGCAGAAGCAAAUUUCGCAAAGCUUGAUGCAAAACAUUGAAGAAACAUUGUCGAAGCUAAGGCACAGGCAUUUGGUCAGCGUUCUUGGACACUGCAUUGUCACCCUUCAGGACCAUCCCAAUACAGCAACAACUGUCUUUGUUGUUCUUGAACACAUCUCAAACGGCUCACUGGCCGAAUAUGUCACAGAUUGGAGAAAAAAGGAGUUGCUGAAAUGGCCGCAGAGAAUGGCAAUUACCAUAGGCGUUGCGAGGGGAGUCCAGUUCUUGCAUACAGGAAUCGCGCCGGGUGUCUUCGGGAACAAUAUGAAGAUAAACAACAUAUUGUUGGAUAAUAGUCUCUCCGCAAAGAUUAGUAGCUAUAAAAUUCCGUUACCAUCUAAGGUGGGCGUGGAGAAUCCUCUACAUGGACAAGACGGAGGGGAAAAGGAAGAUAUCUACCAAUUGGGUAUCAUCCUACUAGAAGUCAUUACCGGGAAACUAGUUAAAUCCUCUACUGAAUUGAACGAGAUGAAGCUCGAGCUUGAAAAAGGCUUAGCAGUAUCGAAUUUAAAGAAUGUCGUGGAAUCUACCAUUCAUGGCUCGUACGCAUACCAGUCGUUGAAGACGGCAGCUGAAAUCACGGUCACUUGCCUAAGCGAAGACCAAACCAGGCGUCCCUCGAUAGAAGAUGUACUCUGGAAUCUACAGUACGCAAUGCAAGUGCAAGAAGGAUGGAACAGCAGUGGAAACCUCAGCACACAGAUGUAGAAACUCUUGGUUGAAUUCCCUUUGAUUUUGCUAUGGAUGACAUGUUUAUUCCUUCCUUUACUCAGUGUCCAAAUAAAUAAAUGUAAAUACAACUAGCGUUUACCAUCUACUUUUUAGCAUGUGGUUAAGCUUCUACAGAAGUUUUUACUUUCAUUAUCUGCUCCCUAGUGUUUCUG